UGAUGGAGAGGGGACAUGGUUGAAGUUCAUUGAAAUAAUUUACAGCUCUUCACAAGAGGUGACCUAUAAACCCUCACCAGUAUGUUUAUUGUUCAACCCAGCUUAUACAUUCCCCUCUGUAAAACGAUCUGAUUCACAGAUUUCAUAUCAGAAAUCUAAAGAACAGCAAAGAAGCCCAUAUUAGCUUUCCGUUUUUCAUGCGUGUCAUCUUGAAAACUCACGUACGUCAUCUCAGCUGCUAGACUAACACCUUUGUGGACGGCUCUGACUAAUGCAUGCUAUGAGUCUGCCCCUUUAAAUUCAUCUCUCUUUCUCCUUCCAUCUCCAUGUCUAUCUUUCCAUGUCUCUGUUUUGAUCCACUUGCUGCCUUGAGCGAGCAGACUGCAUAUUGUAGUCAGCACACAUCAGCUUUACUGUUUGUUCUGUGGUGUGUGUGCCUUUUUAGAGGACGGGGGUGUACGGAAAUUCACAUCCACACGGCUAAAGAGAAUCCGGGAGAGGACGGAGAUCCACCAAAAUUAACAGAGAGCAAGUGUGUCAACAGUCUGCUGGUUCUUCUGUGGAGGCGAAGAGAAGGUCCUUGGCAACAGCUAUUUGGCUCAGCUUCAUCUUAGCCCCGACAAUAUCUUGCGACCGUCCGCUCAGCUACACAUCAAAUUGGACUUCCUCGCGAUGCACACUCCCGCGUCCAUGCUGAUGGGGGUGGUGUUUGCUCCCUUGGGCCUUGUGCUGGUGUUCACCGCAGCAAUCACGCCCCAGUGGAGGGAGGGGCAGGCGCGGGUGGGUGCGGCAGGGCGGGGCGGAGCAAAGGAGCUCCUCCUACUUCGAUCAGAUGGACUGUGGGAAAGCUGUCUGCAGGUGGUGCACUCUGAGGUUAAAGAAUGCUGGCCGGUGUCGGGCUCAUAUCAACAGGACGCUCGGCUUCGACUGGUCCAGGAGAUGGUGCUGUCAUCGCUCGUCCUGUGUGGCGUGGGGAUCGUACUCGCUAGCGUGGGGGUUCGUUGUUGGACCGAUAUCCCUCUCAGGAGUGUAGCGGCAGCCGGUGGCCUGUUGGUGGCGCUAGCGGGCAUACUCAGUCUGGCUGCUUUAGGGGUCUACACACGUCAUCUCUCAAAGUUGGGGAUCGAGGUGGAUUUAAUUCCACCUGAGACCCAGGAAGUCAACAUGCACAAAACACCGAGACUAACGCUACACCCGGCUGGGUCGCUGUACUUUGGGUGGGUGGGUGCUUGGGUACAGGUGCUGGGAGGUGCAGCUUUGUUGUUUGGGUUUAAAAGUAUGCAGUGUCCAACCUGUCCCAAACAGAGACUCAAAGACAGUGCCGAGAUGUAUGAGGUGAACUGUUAGAUCAGCCAAAUUGAACAAGAGAGAUAAGAGACUCUUAUGUACAAUGGGGAGAACAGUGAAAACCAACGUAAAAAACCUAAAUACAAGAUCUAUUCAAUUUUUCAAAACUAGUUUUUGUUAAAAAUAUAUAUAUUUGGGGCAACAUUAUACUGUAAGUGUGCAAUUACCAUUUUUGUUUGGUGAGGAUUGUUCGUGAUAAUUGUCCACAGGUCACAGAUGCUUUCAGUAUAGCUUGAGUUUAGCUUAAUAUUUAAUCAGUAACAGUUCCGUAAGCAAGAUGUUUGUAAAGAGGGUUCUUGUAAAAGGUCUGUAUUACGACAGAUUUUCCUUGUACAUCAUGACAAUGCUGUUCUACAAUCUUUCCAAAGGUGUCUUACAAUGAAGGUGAUGUGCUAAUGCCACAAGGCUCAAAAGCAUUUUGGGCUUUACCUCUACAUGAGUAGUCAUGCAUACUUUCACUAAAGAUUUAUGGAUAAUAAACUUGAUAAAUCUUUGCAUUGUAAAUAUGUGUAAGUAUUGACUAUUGUGGCUUUAUUUCUGAAUAAAUGUGUCAA